AUGCCUGAUAUCCGAUCGUUCUUCGCGCCAAAGGGUGGUGCUGCCCCCAAACCUGCGGCCGCCAAACCAGAGCCACCGGCGGCCAAGGGCAAACGAGGAAAGGGCCGGAAAGUUGUUGAAGAUAGCGAUGAUGAAGUUGUAGAAGAGAAGAAGCCUACGCCGAAACCGGCGGCAAAGAAAAGAGAGACGGAGCCCAAAGGCGUAGCGAUAUCCGCCGACGACUACUUUGCUUCAUCGAAAGAUUCUAAACCAGUCAAGGCAUCUCAAACACCCAAGAAGAGUAGCAGCAAAAUCGUUAUCGAGGCCGAAGUUCCCGUUAGAUCCAGUCCUCGCAAGAAACCCAUGGCAAAGCCGGCGGCCCCUGAGGAUGAGGAUGAGGAUGCAGCUCCUCGAUCGAAAAAGGCUAGGACUUCGUAUAAAGCUCCUCCUGUUGACGAUGAUGACGACGUAUAUAUGGAUGACGGUGAUGAGGAUGGGGAUGACAUCUUUGCUGCUGACGCUAAGGGUCGUAAUAAGCGCAAAACCGAUGAUUAUGAGGAGGAAGAAUCAGAAGACGAAGUUCUACCAAAAUCCAAACGGCUUGCCUCACGAGGACGACCUGCUUCUGCCAAGAAGACUGAAGAGAAGCCAACUACCAAGGCUGCAUCAGCUAGUAAGAAGCGAAAGUCACCAGAGCAGGAAUCAGAUGACGAAGAAGAAGAGCUACCGAGAAAGAAACCUACAGCUGCAAGCAAGCCACGAGCACCAAGGGCAAAGAAAGCAGACGAACCCGAGGACGAGGACAUUCAGAACAUUCUUGACAGCGUAGCCACUGUGAGAGCGCCAACACCACCACCAAAAGAUCCCAAUGCGAAAUUCGACUGGAGGAAAGCUGCUUCAGGGGGAGGUAAUGCCGCUGCUGCGCCUACCCUUCCGGCCGGCGAACUUCCAGAAGGCGAAGAGGAGUGUCUCAGCGGAUUGACUUUUGUUUUCACUGGCGUGUUGCAAACCAUUGGCCGCGAUGAAGCUCAAGCACUAGUGAAGCGAUAUGGCGGCAAAGUUACUGGCCAACCCAGUAGCAAAACAAGUUUCGUCGUGCUUGGAGGAGAUGCUGGGCCAUCCAAACUAGCCAAAAUCAAGGCAAACGGCAUCAAGACAAUCGAUGAGAAUGGCCUCUUUGAUCUGAUCCGCAAGCUUCCACCGUUUGGCGGCACCGGCAAGGGUGCUCAGAAGGCGCAAGAAAAGAAAAAAGCGGAAGAAGAAAAGGUAAAGAAGCAGGUUGCUGAAAUGGAGGCAGAAGAGAAAGCCAAGAAGCUAGAAGCGGAGAAAGCGGCGAAGAAACUGGCUGCAUCCCGGGGCCCGACAAGCAGUGCACCCGUUGAGCCUGCAAAGGCACCCGAUAUGCUUCUUACUUCUAAAUACGCCCCGACACAGUUGAAUCACAUAUGCGGCAAUAAGGCGCAGGUGGAAAAGAUCCAGAAUUGGCUUCGAAACUGGCCAAAGUCCAAGAAGUACAAUUUUCAGAAACGAGGCGCUGAUGGCAUGGGAGGCGAGCGAGCCAUCAUUAUCUCUGGCCCCCCCGGCAUUGGGAAAACUACAGCAGCACACCUGGCAGCUAAGCUUGAAGGUUACGAUGUAUUGGAGAGCAAUGCUAGUGACACUCGUAGCAAGAAGCUUGUCGAGGCCGGUGUUAGCGAUGUUAUGAACAACACGUCCCUGCUGGGAUUUUUCGCAGGAGAUGGAAAAUCUGUGGACACCACCAAGAAGAAGAUUGUGCUCAUCAUGGACGAAGUUGAUGGCAUGUCGGCUGGUGAUCGCGGCGGAGUUGGCGCCCUGGCCAAGUUCUGCCGGAAAACGGAGGUGCCUUUGAUCCUGAUCUGCAACGAGCGAAGACUGCCAAAGAUGAAGCCUUUCGACCACGCCGCGUUUGAUAUAAGAUUCAACCGUCCGACGGUCGACCAGGUCCGCUCUCGAAUCAUGACGAUUUGCCAUCGAGAAGGCCUGAAACUGCCUCCUCCAGUUGUUGAUGCUCUCAUUGAGGGUAGUAACAAAGAUAUUCGCCAAAUCAUCAACAUGAUUUCCACAGCAAAGCUCGACCAAUCGUCCAUGAGCUUUGACCAAACCAAGGCCAUGUCAAAGGCAUGGGAAAAGCAUGUUGUCUUGAAACCUUGGGAUAUCUGCCAGAAGAUGCUUGCCGGUGGCCUAUUUGCUCCCGCCAGCAAAGCAACGCUCAAUGACAAGAUUGAACUUUACUUCAAUGACCACGAGUUCAGUUUCCUCAUGAUACAGGAGAACUACCUCCGCACCAAGCCCAUGGCCCUGAGCGGUUCGGGGUAUAGCGGCAGAGAGGCUACUUUGAAAGCUCUUGAGCUCUUUGAUCAAGCAGCAGAAAGCAUUAGCGACGGCGACUUGGUGGACCGCAUGAUCCAUGGACCGCAACAGCAAUGGAGUCUGAUGCCUACGCAUGCUGUUUUUAGUACUGUGCGACCUGCCAGCUUCAUUGCUGGCCAAUUGAUGGGAUCCAACUUUACUUCUUGGCUUGGAAAUCACAGCAAAACUGGAAAAUUGGGCCGGUAUAUUCGGGAAGUUCACUCUCACAUGCGACUCAAGUCAUCUGGAGACCACAACGAAGUCCGACAAGAGUACCUGCCGCUCCUUUGGUCUCAAACGGUGGAUCGACUGCAGAAGGAGGGGAAUGAAGCGGUGGGAGAAGUUAUUGAGUUGAUGGACAGCUAUUACCUCACUCGGGAAGACUUUGACGCUAUCCAAGAGCUCGCAGUUGGUCCCAUGAAUGAGGAGAAUGUCACUAUCGAGUCCAAGACAAAGGCUGCUUUCACCCGAACAUACAAUGCCAUGACUCAUCCAUUGCCGUUCAUCAAGGCCACCAAUGUUUUUGCGCCAAAGAGGCAGACUAAAGACGCGCCAGACUUGGAAGAAGCCAUCGAAGAGGAAGACGACGCCGAGCUGCUGGAGGCACCGGAUGCUGACGAAGAUGACGAAGUUGACCUCAAGAAAGACAAAUAUAUCAAACAGCCCAAGGUUAAGAAGCCAUCAAAGAAGACGGCAAAGGUCGACACUGGAGAUGACGACACUACAGACUCAAAGCCAAAGGGCCGCGCCAAGGCCAGGGCAUCCGGAGCCAGAGGAAAAGCAAAGAAAUAA